UGGGGUACUUGGACGAUGCAGGAAGCCUGCUAAAACCUUUAUGCCUGACUUGGCAUGGCGAUAUGAAGGCCGGAAGGCACGAGUCAUGGAAGACUCCGCUUACGUAACUACCCCACAAAUGCCUUCCCCGGACGAAGCUAGAGGGACGACAACACGUCUUCGGAUGCCUUCACUAUCUAUCAACAACAUCACUGUUAACGAUGGCGGACAGUCUGACUCCGCACGUACCGGCAGACGAGGAUCGUCAACUUUCCACAGGCUUCAAUGAGCCCGAGAAGACCAGCUCUUACGUCUGCAAUAUCUGUAACCAGACAUACACUCGAGUAGACCAUCUUAGCCGGCAUUACCGUUCGCAUACUCGAGAGAAGCCAUUCUCCUGUCCCCAAUGUGGGAAGAACUUUGGUAGAACCGACCUACUAAAACGCCAUACGGAAAGCCACACUAGUACGAAAAACCCAAGAAGACAGCAGCUGUCACAGACGCAGAGAGUUGCACAAGCUUGCUCAGCAUGUGCUUCAGCGAAACUGAGGUGUGGCAAUGAUAAACCCUGUCGCCGAUGUCAGCAGAAGGGAAUUCCUUGUACCGCUCCAUCGUCUCAUGGGAAAGGCGGGAAUGCUGCCCGAAGGACGCAAUUUACGCAAUUUGCAGAAAACAUGGAGCCGGACAUGCUGCAGAAUCUCGAUAUUCAAAUGAUAUCCGGUCAGAACGGAGCAGAGCAAUACACAGAGUCACAACAGCAGAAUUUUUCCAUGGUUUCUAGGACCACCGAUUUCUCUUCAACACCAAGUUCCCUAACUGAGUCAGCUGAAGAUCUAUCUCACUCGAAUUUUGCCAUGUCAAAUGAAACUCCCAUGUUAGACAUCGACGACUCGUCCCUGGCAGAGUUUCUCCAGGAUAUCAUGACGAGAGGAUCACCGAAUUAUUUGAAAGAUAAUCCUUCAGUGGACCUUGUCCCCCAAGAUAGCUCAUGGGAUGUGCUCAAUUUUGGCAUCGACUCCAGUCUGGACUUCAACGAUAUGGAUCUCGGUUGGAUGACCUCACACAAUCAAACAUCAAUGUUCAAUUACAACAUGUUCACUGAUUACAACGACCAGCCGCUCGACCAUGGCCAGCAGACACCAGAUGUACAACCUAGCAUCAGCCUGGGUACUGAGGCAUUCCGAAAGUCCUUGUGGAAUUGGCUACCCGGACAGCUCGAGCAUGCGUUUAUGGAAGUUUCAAAUCUGUCCCUGUCUCACAAAGAUAUGGAAGGUCUAGAGAGCCGCGGCUCCCCGGAUAUAAUCGACCAUCAACUAGAACAAUCCGCCCGGGAUGACAUCCUAGCCAUGGUGCUAAACAUGAACAGCCAACAAAGUGGGAUUUCUCGAGUGAUCACAUCUUUCCCCUCAACUCAGUUGCUAAAUAAACUCAUGCAUCUCUUUUUGAGGUCGGAGGUAGCGAAAACGGAUUCCUGGAUCCAUCUACCCACAUUUCGCCCGCGGGUACAGAGGCCAGAGUUCAACGGGAUUGUCAUCGCAUCUGGGGCCAUCCUGUCCCCGGUGCCAACAGUGAGGAAACUCGGCUUUGCGAUACAAGAAACAGUCCGAUUAGCAUUGCCUGCUAUUAUUGAGAAGGAUAACAGCAGAUCCCGAGAGCUACAGCUUCUCCAAACCUACGCUUUGGAGUUACAUAUUGGGCUUUGGAGCGGUAACAAGAGGAAGAUGGAGAUUGCGGAAGCACAUGCACAGCCUUUAAUCACUAUGUUGAGGCGGGCUGGCCAUUAUCGGCGAACUAAACCCCAACCUGCCGCUCCAGAAGCAGGAGAUGAUAAUACAACACUUGAAGGCAAAUGGCGAGCUUGGGUGGAGUUCGAAUCUUUCAAAAGACUAGCUUUCCACACCUUACUCCAUGACGCACAAACUUCCAUAUCACUCUUGGUCCGGCCCCUCAUCUCAUACACCGAAGUCUCGCUCGAACUGCCCUGCGCCCCAUCGCUCUGGCGUGCCAAAACAGCUCAAGCUUGGCGGACAGCUUAUUUGCAAACCCCUGAUCACUCCAACCGCCUCCCUUCCCUAAUGAACUGUAUUCACGAUAUCCAUCCCCUCACAAAGCACCAAAAUGUAAUCGACGUCCAAUACAGUAGCUCUAUAAUUCUGCACGCAAUCUGGUCUCUCAUUGCCGAAUAUCGGAGCCUAGAAUUUGUGCUGAAAUUGCAAACACAAGAACGACACUGGAAUGGAGGCCUGAUCUCCUCAAGCUGGCACCAAGAACUAAGUCAGCUGCUCGAGCACUUCAACAUCACAGUAAACGAAUGCUCAGGCGGCAUCCGCCUCGAACAAACAAUGAUCAAGGAGCUGUUCAUGAUGAAUUUGCACGUCUCAUUUGAAGAAUUGCAGCUUUUCGCUGGAAAAGAAGGGAACGAGGAAGCGCAAAGGGUAUACCCACUCCUCAAAACAUGGUUCGAGAACAGGAAGUCGAGACAAGCGGUUUGGCAUGCUGGGCAGGUGAUCCGAGCCGCCUUGGCCUUCCCUCUUAAUCAGUUGAGAGAUUUCUAUGCCGUGGCACUGUAUCAUGCCAGCCUGGCAGUCUGGGUCUAUGGUAUGGUGUCAUUGGGUUCUUCAAGGUCGCGAACAAAGAAAAAUGAGAGUGUCAAUAUGAAUGGGGGUGCGGAAAAUGAGAUUGUCUACUUAGAUGGCGAAGAUGCCGCGGAAGCCCGACGCUUUAUCGCCAUCUCGCGGGGUGUGCCAGCUAUACACGAACUGCCUUCUCAGUCAGAUAUGACACAAGAAGACGGACUGGGAUUUGCAAGGCUGGAUAAUCCGAAAGCUGUGAUGGAGGUUGUGAUUGGGAUCUUGACCAGGAAUUGCACAGCUGGUAAUAAUGGGUUGGCACCACUGAUUGAGAACUUGGCACAGUUGGUGAGGGACUUGGGGAAUGCAGCACGGACUAUCCGGUAAAAUUACUGGAAAGAGAGAUAGAUUUUAUGUUGAACAGAAGUCUUGGGCUUUUGACCCAGUCGAAGUUAUCACAUCACAGCAGCUCUCAAAGUCUGCCUUAGCCUUUCUUGAGUAUCGACCUUCAGCC